GUCGGGGAGAAGGCACCGGAGUCCCAACGUAAGGCGUGUGCCGGGCAUCUGCCCGCCAUCAGAGCUUUCUUUAGGGAGGCCAGUGUGGUGCUGAGCGCCCGCUGCGCCGAGGAGGGUGACGCAGGAGGGGCUGAGCCGAGCGCUGGCACAGAUGGCCCCUGCCGCCGCCCCCGCCAGGAGGGUGCCCCCCCCAGAUGCCCAGGAGCUGGUGGGCACCAACUACCGCAAGACCAACCCAGCGCUGGAGAUCCACCGGACCAAGCGGGACUCCUUCUGGGCCCAGGCUGAGCGCGAGGAAGAGCAGCGCAAGGAGGAGGAGCGGCGGCGGGCACUGGAGGAGCGCAAGCGCUGGGAGCGGGAGCGGAUGGAAGAGGAGAGGCGGGAGGCAGCCGAGCGCGAGCUCCGCUUCAGGGAGAAGGAGCGGAUGAUCGAGGAGCAGCGGAAGGAGCAGGCACGGCUGGAGGCGGAGGAGCGGAGGAAGGAGAAGGCACGAUGGGAGCAGCAGCAGCGGGAGCACUAGGAGUCCAUGCUGGAUCGCGGCCUGGCGCAGCGAGUCCAUCGAGAGGCGGCCGAGGCGGCGUCCUUGUCUCCCAGCGCUCGCAGAACCCCCCGGGAUUUUCUUCCGGCAACGGGAACGCUCGGGGUCCACCUCUGGACACCCCGCUGCCAGCAUCCCCCGUUUGCACCAGGACCGGUGCCCGUCGGCCAUUCCGCGGUACCAGCGAAGCCUGACGGAGUCACCUUCAUCUUCCGCCGGCGACCCCCCCCCCCCCCUGACCCCCCACCCUCACCAGGACCCCUCACCACGGGCAUUCAGGGCUGCACCAACCCCC